AGAAAGAAGCUCGCCUCGCUCAGUACAGCCCUGCCGCUGGAGAGUUCACUCGUCGUCUGCAAGCUCCAGCCCAAAAAAUCGUCACAUCGAACCCUUUUUUUAUUUUAUUUAUUCGGUUCUCGGUCGAAACCUCACCUCGGAACAAGAUGUGACUCCAUGCACGACGUGUCGAUAUCGUGUAGAACAUUAAUGUCGUGCGAAAGAGCCGGGAGAAGCCGAGGCUGUUUUUUUUUUUUGCGAAUGGAAGUUAUUGUUGUGAAUUGUUUUGACUAUGUUCUGCCGAAGUGAGUUUGGCUUCAGUGAGUCUCUGCUCGAGGUCCACCCUUAAACCUGGAGUUUAUCUACGAGUAUUCGAGGGGGAACCGCCGAACCGGGGGAUUGUGUUUGAGAAAAAAAAAAAAGGGCAGCGAGCUGUACGGCAGACCCGGGGAUUUAAAUCGUCAUUUGGUGCGCUGCUGCUGCUGCUCCGGGAGAGGCGAGAGUCGGAAGAUAGCGAUUCAUGUGGCCAUUCUUUUUAUAGCGAAACAUUUUGGAUUGCAUGAUGAGCAAAGAACGACCUAAGAGGAACAUCAUUCAAAAGAAAUACGAUGACAGUGAUGGAAUCCCGUGGUCAGAGGAGCGGGUGGUGCGCAAGGUGCUGUACCUCUCCCUCAAGGAGUUCAAGAGCGCGCAGAAGCGGCAGACGGAUGGGGACGGAACCACAAACCCCGACGGUUCCUUGACAAAUGGACAGCUGAACGGCUCGGGGUCAAAGGGCGGCCACAAGGAAGAGCGCUCCAAGAGCCUGGAUGGGAGCAACAAGUACUCAGAGGACGGCCCCGCGAAGAAGAGGUACGGGCCCCGAGUCUUUGGUGGGACGUGGACGUGGACGGGGGGGGUCUGGCGCACUGGACUGGGCUUGUCUGGGUGGAACAUCCCCCCCCCCCCUGUACUGUGUAUCCACCUGGUGUCUAACAGCAUGUCUGUGGGAGAUGGAAACAGGUGGCAUUGCAAGGCAGGAGGAUAAAAACAGAUAAUAUGUGGAUCUGAAACGGAAAAACCCAGCCGGUUGUUCAGGUUAUUAUAGAAUUCAUAGCAUUGCGCUUUUCCCUCCAUCUUGGUCUUCCUCUGUCUGUUUGCUUCCAUCUGUUUUUUCCUCUCUUUCUGUCCCUCGGUCUCGGUCUCUCUACCUCUAUCUUCUGUUUCGCUCCGUCUGCCCUCAUCCGUCUCUCUCUCUCGCUCUCUGUCUGUCUGUCUGUGUCUCUCUCUCUCUCUCUGUCUGUGUCCCCAGGUCAUUUCAUUGUGUUGGUAAGCUUGAGGAGGUGUACUGUGUCUUUUGCCUCAGUAACGCGAGGAGCCGGUAUCAACAGAGAAAUGUAAACAGAAUCCAAGCUUAAGGAGCCAUGGGGUCUGGUAAUCACCCUCGAACCCCCUCAUUAUUCCUUUAAAUGCCAAUAGGAUUCCCGUUAUUAGCCCCUCGAAGAAAUAUUGUCAUGUAUCUCCCCCACAUUAAUCAUUUAGAAAACGAAAGUGGAGCCGCGCGGAAAAUAAGCUGUUAAUUUCUUGGUAGUGCCGUUGAAAUGUGUUUUUAAUUAAAGUAAAUCCCCACAAAGCGGCGUUUUCUGUUAGGAGACCUUUAUUGGAAAAUGGAAUUAAAAUAAAAUAGGAUUUUAUUGUAAUUCGCCCUCAUCAAGUUAGUUUGAUUCUGUUUACAUAUUCCAAUCGCACACCAAAAAUCUCUUUGGUUGAUGGCUACAAACGUGUGUGUGUGUGUGUGUGUGUGUGUGUGUGUGUGUGUGUGUGUGUGUGUGUGUGUGUGUGUGUGUGUGUGUGUGUGUGUGUGUGUGUGUGUGUGUGUGUGUGUGUGUGUGUGUGUGUGCACCUGCUAUGCCAAAACUCCGAUAUCCAAAGGCACACAAACGCAUAAUUGUGGUAAUUGCACACAAAUACAAUUAUGAAGCUGUCUCUGCUCAUGAUUAGCCAAGUCGUACUGCUUUCAGGCAGAGUGUAAUGUACUACAGACACAUGGACCCAACCCCUUCAAGGUGUGCGUGAUAUUGUUUAUGAGAUAACGCGCACACACUCUCUCACUCUCACCCUAGAACAUUGUUUUACAAUUUGGAUGUUUCUGAACAAACCCAAACACACUUUGCUGUCAUUCUCUUCGGGUCCUUUUUCAUUUGAGGGGAUUUUAAUGAGGGACGCAAGUGCCCGGUUGUUUUUAAUUAGGGCCCCUGACAAAGCUUUCAGUCUGCUGUUAAUGAAACACACAAAGCAUAGGCACAACUUGGCUCUGUGUGUGUGUGUGUGUGCGUGCGCUAAAAGACUUGCUCCAGUGCCCCAUAGCAAGGACAGCCGGAUUGGGCGGGGCGGGCCUGGGACAGUGGCCAAUGGCUUCUCAAUGCUCGCCCGAUAAGAGAGACGGGGGAGAUAAUGUGGAGGGAAUUGAUGAAAAGGGCAGAAAUAAUGAGAGGGAGAAGGGGAAGGACAGGUGCGAGUGGCCUCCAUUGUUGUUGACGUUGGCAGGGAAGCGGCUGCCUCCCGAAGCCUUUGAGACCCAUUCUGUGUUUGUCUUCCCAUGCUCCUGAGCCAGGCUGGCAUCAGCCAUAGCCUUGAACCGGAGCCUUGAACGGUAGAGUCUCAAACUCAUAGCCUCGCACCGCCGGUGCCUUGAGCGGCAUAGCCUCGAGACACCGUCGCCUCGGGACACCGUAGCUUCGGCCCUUAUUACCAUAGCAUAAAGCAGUGUCGCCCCCAACACCUAUACUCAAACCAUAGCCUCGAACAAACAUGGCCUUCAACUCUUAACCACUUACCAACACGGCCUCGAACAAACAUAGCCUUGAAACAACUAAGCCACAAACUUUUAAACCAUAGCCUUGAACUGUAUAGGCUCCGCCGCCAACCGCCAUAGCCUCACACCACCACAGCAUCACACCCAUCGCCGUGAGCCCCCAUAGCCUCAAACACUGCGCCGCAAACCACCACAGCCACAGACCCUACCCUGGGAACCGUAGCCCCCCCGAAACUCCUGCCCCCCUCACCACAGCCUCCAACCUCGUUCUUCGUGAGAAAAUACCGAUCUCCAUAACGCUGGAGCUACACAGGGCGCACACACACACACACACACACACAACCACAUCAGGAACAAAUAGAAAUGGCCGCAACAACACAAAGCAUGCAUCUUCUCACACUGCGGGGCCCGUCUGUUGUAGUGCCUUCAGCGAUGGCGUCAAACCACUGCACACAUUCUCUCCCCCCCCCCCCCCCCCCCAGCUCUCACUCUUGUUAUACAUUGAUUCGACAUUUGUAAAACGUGCUCAAGCAAGGUUGGGAAGGAUUUGUUUGAAAUGACUCACUGAACAAAGACUUUUUUUUUUUUUGUUCUUUUCUCCCGGCGACUGCAGUGUGGUCGAGUGGUGUUCAAUGGACCACGUGAUUAAAAUUAACACUUUUUUUUAGCCUCAGCGCCCACUUCAGUGCCUUUUCUUAUUAAGCCACUGAUCAGCCCUAAUGCCUCAAUUGAAAAUCAACCAACUUUGGACCAACCACUUGAUGUGAAAGUGCUCUGCUUUACUCUACUGCCUGCCAGUCGGUCCGAUGUGUUCCUAUCCCCAACCGCGUCGACCCGUUACCUUAAUGCGUACCUGAACACUUCCUUUGGACCCCUGCCCCCGCCGCCAGGCAGUCUGCGGAGGGGCUCCCCCCCCCCCCCUCACGGCCGCCCGGACAGACCCAGGAGUCAGCGGUGGCUAAGCUGAUGUGAUAACUCAUGGCAGGGGGGUGCCAGACCCUGAUCCAUUUGGCUGCGACUCAUCUGAUUAAAGAUUACAAAGGGUUUUCAUGGGGAUGCCCACAGGGACUUGGCACGCACAUCACUUGAAGUGAGUUAAAAAAAGAGAGAGAGACGAGAAUAAAGUGUGUGUGUGUGUGUGUGUGUGUGUGUGUGUGUGUGUGUAUGUUUGUGUGUGUGUCUGGUGAAUCAGGAGUUUAAGGCCCAUUGUAGGGCGGAUUGGCCCACUUGUGUGCAGAAACCCCCGCCGUCGCCACCACCUCUCAUUGAACAGAAUAGUUCUGGCUCUCUUUGAAUCCCUUCUUCCUCUGUUGUGUCAGCCAAGACACACAGUCGCACACAUGCGCUCAGCUGCUCGGCUUUCUGUCCUGCCCUAAUGGAUGCCAAGUGUGGGCUAGUGUGUGCACGCGUGCGCGUGUUAACAUGCGCAUGCACAUAUGCGCGCACAUGCACUAACGCACUCGCACGUACACACUGGUGUCCCUGCUUCUCUCGCAUCACAUUAGGAACCACAAACACACAUGAACUGAUUUCACCCGGUAAAUGGGGGGAGGGGUUUUAAACGACUAUUGAUUGAAUUCAAAUGGCGGCUUUGAAGUGGCCUACAUACAGCGAAACAUGGCACGACCUAGCGGCGCUGGGGCUCUCGCCCACCACUCGCAUGUAUGCGCAGCGCAGUCAUCUCGCAUAAAUCUGGUUUGCUUCACGAUGCCCUUGGCACACACACACACACACACACACACAAGUGGGAGGGGCUUUGCGUUCAAUGCUCCAACCCCCUUUCCUCAAAGGCCCUCGCCAUGUGUUUUCUAUAGAUUGCUCCUGCUGAUAAAGUGCACUUGACUUGGUGUGUGUGUGUGUGUGUGUGUGUGUGUGACCCUUUGUGUGUGUGUGACCCUGUGUGUGUCAAACCGGGCCUGCUGAGACAAAGACUUGAGGUGAGGUUGCUGGUCCUGGUGAUUCACGAGGCGGUGGGUACGCAGGUUUAGUAGGCGGCUGGGUUGUAGCAGAUGGAGGAACUGCUGUAUACAUCGCUCGUCUUUCGAUCUCUACAUCCAUCCGUCCGCUCCUUGUCGCACAAAUCUCCUUGUCGAACACUAGUUACUGUGGUCAAGCCCAGAGAUAAAGAAGGGCUCUGAUACAACCAUCUGUUAUUUAUUGUUAACUUUUCAGAGCUGUGCCCUUCUGUGCACCUGACUCCGUCAACACGGGUCUGAAACAUCCAUGCCUGCAAGUCCCAUUGAAAACUGUCUUCUUAUGAGUCACCCUGGAUGAAAGAUCAAGUAUUUUACAUCCAUUGGGCCAUGGAGCCGCCCAAUCCCAACAAUACACACGCACUAUUGUACACAAGAAAGAUGUGACAGACUGUUGACGAUGUCUUUCUUCCAUUCUUUGUCCGUAACUUUGCAGUGAUCGUUCCCUUUCUUUCUCUUUCCUUCCUGUGGCUGCCGGGAGUCAUGUGUUACUGAUUUAUACGGAGUUCAUGUGAUGCCAUUUCUCAGCGUUUGCAAAUCCUUUGUGAGGGCUUCGCAGGAUUUCUGGUUUCAUUCCUGCGAUAGAGCCAUGCUUUGUGCUGGAUUUGCAGCGUUUAGCGUGCUAGUGUUUAGCGUUUGGCUGCUCUGAACGUCAUGGUGAUAUUAAUAUUGCUCUUUCACUGUUCUCAGAGUUGUUUCAGAAGGGCUCAACUGUUGGAACAGUGUUCCCUUUAUCUCCCACGUGCCGAAUGUUUUUUGUUCAUGAGAAGCUCUUUUUCACACCGCAUAAUACUUCUUCUGCAACGCCCUAUCAUGGAUAUUUGGUGCGAAUAGGUCCACUCUCUAAAAGAUGGCAAUUUAACCAGUUAGUGUGUGUGUGUGUCUGUGUGUGUGUGUGUCUCUCGCUCUCAUGAAGGCAUUGAAAACAUACUUGGGUCACUCUAGUUCAUUCUUCGCCUCGACCAACCUUGCUCACAGAGACGAAAAGAACCUGCUUUUGAUUCACUCUCCCCAACCGAGUUUACAGCGUCUGUAGCCGCCGCCUACCCGGCUCAUUCUGCAACAGUGACCAAAUAUCUAAUAGUCAUGAAUGUCACCACGGUGGUGUUGUUUUUGUGCGUGCUUGGAGCGGCGACAGCCUCUUUGUCUCGGCCUCUUUUGUCCACGGUCACAGUCGUGCCUUUCUGCCGGGCUAUCUCAGCCCCAUCUUGAUUAGACUAAAGGCCAACCCAAGCCCUGCCUCUGAUGUGUAUUGACCCUGCCUGGCCUGCCUUGGGGCAGCCUAUCCCAGGGGCCGCUCUCAGGUUGGCUGUGUAGGGGGAGGACGG